AAAAUUUCGUUAUCGAUAGCAAUUAAUACGUGCAUAUAUGCAUAAGUGAUCCCUUGCAUGCUCUAGUUUAAUUUUGCUUGCAUUUUAGCAGUACAGAGGCUACGAAGGAGAACUUACUCGAGGACCAAAUUUCCUCAGAUUACCUACUCAAGAUCGAAAGAUGUUAAGAUAAUGGAGAAAUAUGUAUAUGAAACUGACAUUCUAAUUGUCGGUGGCGGUCUAGCGGGAUUAUCGGCAGCUAUUCAGGCCCGUAGACUGGCUGAGAAACAUGGUAAGGAACUCAGGGUUACCCUUGUUGAAAGGUGGGAAAAAAAAGGUUACUCUGUUUGCUACGGUGCUAAUAAUGCUUGUCUGAAUCCGAUUGCUUUGAACGAGCUCUUUCCAAAUUGGAAAGAAUUAAAUGCGCCAUUAAAUACUCCUGUUACGGAGGAUAAAUUUGUAUUUCUCACGGAAAAGAGGAAGAUAUCUAUACCUAUUUUCAAAAGAAUGCCAAUGUCUAACCAUGGAAAUUACAUAGCAAUAUUAAGCGACGUAGUGAUGUGGCUUGUCGAGCAAGCAGAAGCCGCUGGUGUCGAGAUAUGUUAUAAUCGCUCAGCGAUCAAAGUUUUAUUUCACGAGGAUGGAUCUGUUAAAGGAGUACAGACCGAAUAUUUUUCUGAUUUUGAAAUUGAUCUCUCCUCAUCUGUAGAUCUCAUACCUAGUUGUACGUACAGGGAUUUUCAUGCGAGAUGUACCAUAUUUGCGUCAGGCUCUCCGUUGGACAACCAUCUGAUGGAAGACUUAUCAAAGAAAUUUAAUCUUAGUAAAGAUUGUAAGCCACAGACGUAUUGUCAUGUAUCCAAAGAGGUUUGGGAGAUAGAGCCAAGCAAGCAUCGACCUGGAGUAGUGGAACAUACGGUUGGUUGGCCACUUGAAAGAGGUGCAUAUGGUGAAGCGUAUUUUUACCAUUUGAAUGAAGAAACACCUCAGAUAGCAACAGGUUUUUUCAUGCAGUAUAAUACUUUUUAUGCUCUGGAGAAGGAGUUUAAGAAGAUCAAACAGCAUCCUGGUAUCAGACCAAUAUUUGAAGGAGGGAAAAAUAUUUCAAAUUAUUACACUUAUGAAAGUAGUUUGGAACAAGGUGGAUUUCAAUCUAUUCCAAAACUUCAGUUCCCUGGUGGUUGUCUUACUGGAAGUACUGCAAGUUUUAUAACCGUACCUCAAUUUAAAGGAACUCACCAUGCCAUGAAAAGUGGCAUGUUGGCUGCAGAAAGCGUUAUUGAGGCGAUUAUAGAUGCAGAAAGUAAUACCUCACCGACCAAAGGCUUAGAACCGAAAACGUAUACAGAUAAAGUAAAAAAUAGUUGGAUCUAUAAGGAAUUGAAAGCUGUAAGAAAUAUGAAGCCCAGCUUUAAUUCUUCCUUCGGUUUUAACGGCGGUUUAUUUUACUUUGGGUUCUCUAUGCUACUAGGCGGAAGGGAGCCGUGGACUUUGUCUCACUUUGACUCACAGAAGUAAGAACGAAGGUUCUAAGCAUGGAGGUAAGAAAUAACAGGAGGGAGCAUAUUCCCCCGCGGCCUGGCUAAGCAGACGUAAGGGGGGAACAUUACAAAACGCCAUAUUACUGUGGCCAACCAAUCACAUUUGGGUAGUAAUCCCGAACUCCAAUGAAGUUUGUAUAAAACGCCAUAUUACUGUGGCCAAUCAAUCACAUUCGGCAUAGUAAUCCCCACCAACAAAAAGGCCUUACACUCCCUCCUGUUAUUUCUUACCUCCAUGGUUCUAAGUAAGAGGGGAGGAGACUCAACUCCGCUAAGAAAAGUGUGCCAGUUUCAUCCGCCAAAUUGAGAGGGAAUCUGCUGAUCGGGAUAACUUUAGUUGGAUGGACGCCAUUUGCAAUAUUAGUCUUAUCUCACUUUACCUAUUGUUUGUCGGGUUUAUACGAAUUUUUGUCUGGUGUCUCCCGGUGUUUAAUUAUAUUUUCGUGCGUGUGAAUAUAUACAAUGAGAUUGCAGUGAUAUCAUGUUGGAUUCGUUGAUGCACUGCGAAAGGAAACAAAAUACAACGGCAUUACAUAUAUUGACAGUACGUAUCUUUACAAUUAAAAAAAUACUGCUGUACUAACUGUGCGAGGUUUAAAAAGGCUACUUCUUUUCCGAAGCAUCUUUUUUUCUUUCUUUUUCCCACCUACAAAUCCAACAUGCAUCUCUGGAAUCUCGUUGUAUGUAUUCACAUACACGAAGAUAUAAAACGAGAGACACCAUCAAUAGAUAAAGUGAGAUAAGACUAUUAUUGCAAAUGGCGUCUAUUCAACUAAAGUAAGGUACUAUAAGAUGUAGGUAUUCCUAUCCGCCAUCUUGGUUCCAAUUGGUUAAAUAGUUACUUUCUAUUUUCACAUAAAUGAUACUGAAUCUAAAGUUAUGUGAGUAUUUUUAUACUCAGAUAAUGAUGUUAUUACUUAUUUACUUUAAAUAGAAAGUUAUUGAGCGUAAAAGUAUAGGUUUAUACCUCAUUUUUAAUAUGAAUUAAUAGACUCAGUAAAGCAUACGUUUCGAGCUUUAUGCAGAUUGUAAGUAAAAACUCAGUUGAAUCUUACUUAUUAGAAUAAAAAGGAAUGUUCAACUGAGUAUAUUCAACUGAGUUAUGACAUUACCAGGGGUUGGUCGUAUUUAAAAUAACAUUAUUUAAAAUAUGUGUUUUAAAUAACAAAAAGUAAAAGAGUUA